UCCUCACACACGAUGCGUUUCUCCCUUGCAAUCAUCCUCGCCGUCGCAGCAUCAUCAAUCUCCGCUACGCCCAUUGACGCGAACACCGCAAAAUGUCCCUUCUUUUGCGAUAGUGAACUAGAUUGCCAGGUCUGCCCUGCAUGGCAGGAAUAUUUUUUCUGCAUAGUGAAUUGUGUUUCUGCUUUUACAUUGGCCGUUGGAACUGAUAAACGAGUGAUUAGUGAUUUGUAGAGCCGUCAGGAA